AUGUCAUCAUUCCCAGCGCCGACAUCCUCCCAUGCCGACCAGAUCAUCCGAGAAGGAUAUGCAAAGAUCUUCGAAGGCCAAACGGUUUUCCUGACAGGCAGUACCGGCUCACUAGGAGGCUGCCUAUUAUACAAACUAGCCCUCCAGCUACCCACACGUAGAAUAUAUGCACUCGCCCGCGGGACACCAGAACAAGCGAUUGAAAAAUGGAGAAUAGCCAUGCCCGAUCAAACACAAGCCAUCCUCGCCUCCAAGAAAGUGGAGUUUAUCAUCGGCGAUAUCAAAGCAGUUGAUUUCGGCAUUCAACUUGCAGUCCUGGAAAAGCUGCGAAAUGAAGUUACUCUUGUUAUCCACACAGCCGCAAAGAUCACUUUGGAUGCUAAUAUCCACGAUGCGAUUGAGAAUAAUUGUCUCCCCUCGUUGGAAAUGGCUCGCAUUGCUUCUCAAUUCCGACGAAUGAAGCUCCUCGUUCAGAUAUCCACCGCCUACGUGAAUAGUUUCCUACCCGACGGACCCGUCCUCGAACGUUCGUAUAACCUGUCCGAUCAAGACCCGGAGGAAGAACUAGUAUCAGUGCUCUCACUAGAUCAAUCGCCCUACACGACUCGCUUCGCCUCGACAUACGCACAAGCCAAGUAUCUAGUCGAAAGACUCCUACCCAAGCGCUACCCCCUCUUACCAAUCCUCCUCCUCCGCCCAACAAUCUUCGGCCAGGCCCUACGCCAUCCAUAUCCCCUCUACGGCCUGGAGAAUUCCACACCGAUGAACAAAUUCUUCCAGUCCUUCAUGGCAGAUCGAGGCGCGACACAGGUCUGGCAUGCCGCAGAAGGAUACAAAACGGGCGCAAACAUCCUGGACGAAAUCCCCGUAGACUUCGUCGCGAACGCAUGUCUCCUGCACGCCGCAGCACGUACAACGGGAAUCGUCCAAAUCGGCUCUGAACUAUAUCAACCAUUAACCUUUGACGAGUACCUUGAAAUCGCAAUUACCAAUGCACCACCUGCAAUUCGUCGUGAACUGCCGCAGGUAGUUUUCACCGAAGAUAGGAGUGCACCGCAAUGUUUCUUGGCGGAGUUGGUGCAGGUUGCGUCUCGGAAUUGGUUGUUUGAUUGUGGGAGGUCUUAUUGGUUGAAGUCAGUUGGGGGGCCGCUUAGUCUUCGAGCGGAUAAGUUUGAGAUUGAGGAGGUGAAUAAGAUGCGGAUUCGACAGGUUUAUAAGCGUGCCGUUGAGAGGGCUGAGAGGGCGAGGAUGUAA